ACAUGUACGAUUUUUAAUAUAACUGUGACAAAGUCUUUUCAGAUCCGUGGGAUUCUGCUUGUUCUCUCUCUCUCAACCUCUCCAGGGUCUCAUUUUCAUGGCGGUUUGAUUUGAACCCAAAAAAAAAAAAACCCUACAAAAAAUUAGUAGAAGCCAAAAAAAAAAGAACACACGAUAAAAAUUUACAUGAAAUCAUCGUUCACCAGAAGAACAAGAAGAAGAAGGAAGAAGAAGAAGAAAAAGAAACUCUCACUCUCUCUUCAGAUCUAACAAUAUCAGAUCACUUCACUCUUAUAAAUUUCUAAAGGGCCAGCCUUUUUCCGUUUGAUGGUUGAUGGUUGUGAUCUACGAAGAUCUUGUCUGAUUCGAGGCAAUAGAGUUGUGGGUUUUUAUAAUUACCAUGAUUUUCCUUUGAAUCUACGAAGUUUCUGAUGCAGUAAUUUUAGACAAAAAUCUAAAUCACUUUGAUUUUAGUAUCAUCUUGUUGGAUCUGUGAUGGCGAAGAUCUUGAAGUUAAAGGUGUCGUUUUGGGUAUGAUUUUAGCCCUCAAAGUUGCACCUUUAUUGUAUUUCAGUGGUCUGUAGCGAGGAUUUAGUGGAUUUAGAAGUUGGGUUAUCACAGGACCGAGUUGAAUCGUUGAAUUAGUGAAUUUCGAUUAUCAAAAAUAAUAGAAGUAUGGAGACUCUUGUUGUGGUGGCGCAGCAUAGAAAUCAGUAUUGUAGCAGGGUGAAGCCACAUGGGCCAGCCCGAUUUGGGUCAUCACCCUCUAGAAAUUUCAGAGGGAUUAACUGUAGGACUUUUGAAUCUGGAGCAGGAUUACUUCCUACCCCGUUUAAGUAUAGCUCUACUCCUAUCCGCAAAAGGGCAUCUUCACCUCCUUCAUCAUCAUCAUCAUCUUCUACAUCAUCUUCCUUAAAAACACCAUCUCCUAUUGCUGACGGAACACACUUGAAGACUACCAGGAAAAGCUCUCCUAUUCCUAUCAAAAACAACAAAACCCCUGGAAAUGAUAAGUCUUUUAAUGAAGAGAUCUCUGGGGAAUGUUUCCUGUGCUCUGAGCUUUGGGCUGGACCUGCUUAUUCCAAUUCACCACCGCCUAGCUCUUUGCCAAUACCCAAAUUCUCGCUUCGUGCAAAGAGGACCGUGUCACUUGAUUUGCCUACUUCUGACCCUGUUAUUGAUGUUCACCCAACUGCCAAGUCUGCACCUGCAUCUCCCACCAGGGAGCUGAGCCCUUCUGUAGCAGAACUUUUUCGUAGUGCUGACUCUGCGACUAAGACUUUACGUCGCAUUCUCAAUCUUGAGAACACUGAUGACUGAAAAGUGAAGGAGCAUUUCAGCUCCUGUAAAUAAGUUUACUGUGCAAAUUGGAGUUAGUUUUAGGUUGUAUAUAGAUUGAAUAAAAUGUUUGGUAGCAUGGGUCAGUAUGAAUUUGUUUAGCUUUCUUCGGGAGGUGGUAGGAGAGAAAGUAAUUGCAAUGGUAGGUCGACAAUCUCCAGAUUUUGUGAGAGUUUGGUGCUGGUUAUGAAAAUUUUUGUUAACAAGAUGCACAAGUUAUGUGAAGUAUGGGCUCUGUAAGCUUGGAUGGAAGAUGACUCGAGCUGUUAAGAAAGCUGGGAGCUUAUCUUAGAAUCAAAGAUUGCCUGCUCUCUACUUUGUCAUGAAAUUGCACAGAUAACUGCCUUUUUAUCUCUUGGACUUAAAGGAAACUAUGUACUUGUUAGUUGACAACUUACGAUACCAAGUCCUUGGUGGUUGGUCUCAGUUCAGUUGUUGACUUUGAACUAAUUUCUUCCUUUUGUAUUAGGUACAAUGUAUAUACUGUAGUCUGUAGAAUCUCCACUAAAUUGCUUCUGCAAAUUCCUUAGGUUUCUGUUUUAUUUUUUAUCUCAUUUUUAUUUCCUUGGUCUCCAAUCAGUGUCUUUAGUUUCUAAUAGUCUAACUUUGAUUACUUCCUUUGUUUCUUUUUUUAAACCUUGCCUCAAGUAGCCUGCCUACAUGAUCUUUUUUUCUGUUGCUACACUUUUCCUUUGUCCAUCAUUGCCUGAAUUGGCUGCUUAACAAUCAAAUAUCCCCAAUAUACACCUCUCUCUUUUAGUAAGGAUUUCCCUCCUCUACACUCUGCAAGGGUGUUGUUCCUUCCUCACCAUCUUUUUCCGUUUUUUAAAAGGGAAAAAUGGGAAGGGGAAGUAAAGUGGUCACUUCUGCUUCUGAAUCUUGUUAGGUUUGUCAGUGUUGCCAUGCCCAGUUGCAAGUGUUGUUUGUGUCUUGUUCGUCCUAAUGGGUAAUGCCACUCUCUCACUGUAGUGUCCCUAGAGCCCAUCUUUCUUGGAGAUUGUUGACUGUGCCAAGCUACUUACAAGGGAGCUACUGGGAUAAGUAUUUUAGGAGGCUUUAUUAAAGAUGUUUUCGUGUUUAGAUGUAGUCGCUAAUGAAGUCUUGUAAGGCACCUGUCUCAGAAAUGUUUGUUAUCGGUUUCUUGCUUUUCAACGAGUUCUUGAAGCAUUAGCUUUUGUAGUUUUGGACUUGGUUUUCUUUAAAGUGAAAUGUUAAUGUUCAGAGUUAAGGAUGUUCUGUUAGGGGUGUUUUUCACUUGUAUUUAUGCAUUAUGCUGCUUAAGUAUGUUGGAAUACCAAUCUAUUGUAAUGUUAAAUUAUCAUAGUUGGCAAGUACUUUUGUCUUCAA